GGCACAAUGGCAGAGCUUUGCAGCGAGAGAGCUAGAGAAGCCGGGAACUGACAGUUCAUUUGGGGCCUGGCAACUGUAUGAUGAACUCCAAAUGACGUCUUCUCCAGGGUGUGCGACUCUCCCUGGUGGAACUAUGCUGCUGCUCUAGGGGGGUGGGGGGUCUCCCCGUUCCGCCAUGAAAGGCUACACCCCCCAGCGCUCCCGUCAUCUCUCCGACUGUGAGCCCCCUCACUCUCCUGCUCACCUGGACCCCCUGUACCCUCCCUCUGCCUCCUCCACCCUGUCCCGCACUCCCUACCUCCUGCCCGGAGCCAUGGAUCAUUACGGAGCGCUGGAUCCCCACCACUUCUCCCCCUCACCCUCCCCUGGUCUCCCCCCAGACUGCCUACUGCCCCUAAACAACCAGCUGUCCUCCAGCAGCACCUUCCCCCGUAUACACUACAACUCACACUACGAGCAGGGCGAUUUCUCGCCCCCCGGAGGAGACAGCAUCGGGGGCAUCAGCACGGGCACACUGGGCACCUCCAUGUCCAUGGGUAUGGGGAUGGGCAUGGGACUCGGAGUGGGACGCACCACCAUGAUCACCAGUGGAUCUGCAACCAUAUCAGGCGCAGGGAAGAUGAACCGGUUGCCCCCAAACCUCCUUGACCAGUUUGAGAAGCAGUUGCCGGGGCAACAGGAUGGCUUCAGCACAUUACAGUUCCAUCGUAGCACAGCCGUGGAGACGACCAAACAGCAGCAGCAGCAGCGUACAGACAGCCCUGGAAAGAUCCGCUACUUGGUCCACUCUGUCCAGAAACUUUUUGCUAAGUCCCAGUCUCUGGAAAGCUCUGCUGUCAAAGGCAACAUGAACGGGCGCUCGGGUGGCAGCAGCAGCGAGGACAAACAGCACCGGCGCAGCAAAAGCAAAGACCGGGCCAAGAGCGAGGGCACGGCCAAACGCCGGCCACGCUCCAACAUGUCCGGCUACUGGAGCUCCGACGACCUGGACAGCGACAUCAGCAACUACAGAAACCCCAUGGCCAUGAUGACCCUGGGCCGGCAGGGGGCGUCAGGGUUGGACAGCCAAGCGGCUUCCAAGUACCUGAUGCAUGGCUACAACACCAUCAGCGAGCACACGCUCAAAGUCUCAAAGAGUAACAAUGACCUGAAGCACCAGGGGCUCUCUGCACUCCCAGGCCCGGGUGGAGGGGGAGGAGGAGGUGGGAGAUCGGCGAUGGUGGAGGGUAAUUUCGGUAAGGGCGGCCCCUGGUCUACAUUGACACUUGGGCCCAGCAGACAAAUGUGCCAGAAAGGUUCAGCCACCCUGGACCGCUCCAUGCUCAAGUCCAAGUCGUGCCAUCAGGAGCUGGCCUGCCAUUACCUACAGAUGCCGUCUAUGGGUGAGUGGAGUGGGACCCUAGGCCGGAGUGGGGUUCCGGGUGAGAUCCCGUGUAGGCGGAUGCGCAGCGGCAGCUACGUGAAGGCCAUGGGGGACCUGGAGGACAGCGACGAUUCGGACGGUAGCCCUAAACCAUCGCCCAAAACCGCCGCCCGCAGACAGAGCUAUCUACGGGCCACACAGCAAUCCCUCAGUGACCAGUUCCCUUCCAGAAACCGUCCACUGGACUAUGCGAUGCUACAGGGGGAUCUGGAGGCCCUCUGGUCUCCCCUCCGCAGCAUUGCUACACUGCAGCAAAUUGGACGCUCCAUAAGUUGUCUUCCAUCUCUGCGUGAGUUCUCGGGUAAUCGUAGUCUGGAUAAUCUGGACUGCAUUGGAUCAGGAAGUUCACCGUUCCCUCGCUGGGAUGAUGAUGACUUCAGUCAGAGUUGCAGCACGCUCGGGCGUAACAGCUGCAUCAGCCAGGUACGGGACUCAGACAUCAACCAACGCUAUGGAGACGAGUCCUGUUCGGAGUCCGUGUUUGGAGAUACACACCCGCACAUGCGUUCUCACUCGCGGGCCGUGGAGCCUCCGGAUUUGCCCACACCCACAUGCUUCCGUUCCCGUAGCCAUAGUUACCUCCGUGCCAUUCAGGCAGGCUGCUCCCAAGAUGACGACACAGCAUCGGUGGAUUCAGAUUCACCACCACCCACCGCAACAACCGUCCGCACCUACAGCACCAGCACCGUCUCAACGUGUAUAACCACAUGUAAGAAGGUAGCUCCACCCCCCGUGCCCCCCCGGACCACCUCCAAACCCUUCAUCUCUGUCACAGUGCAGAGCAGCACCGAGUCAGCCCAGGACGGUUACCUUGACAACCACGACCGCAAGAGCGAGGUCAACAGCCAGUCGGGCCACAGCAACUCCUCGGACAGCCUCGACAGCACGCGGGCCAACAGCUUGGCCAAAGGCUCGCGGCCGCAGCUGCCUCUGGCCACUUCCCGAGAGCCGCAGAUCCCCGCGGCGGUUGUGGUUUCUCCAGAGCCCCCUCGAGAAAUCCACACUGACCAGGUGAAGGGGGGCGCUCUCACAGCAGACGAGCCCAGGACAGAGCCUGUACCCCGCCGGAAACUCUCCUCCAUUGGAAUACAGGUGGACUGCAUCCAGGAAAUCCAGAACCGAGUGGAGACGCCACCAUUGGCCAGAUUCCAGUCGAUCGGAGUACAAGUGGAGGACGGCUGGACACUCAGCCGCUCCAGUAGUAUGGCCUCAAAGCAGGAAACUGACUCAGAUACACAAGAUCUCUCGCUUACUUCUGUCACCACCGUCACGUCCAACAACACUUCCAGACCCGCCGAGAAGAAAGUCAUGGUCAACAGCUCUAGCCAAUCAGUGGACUUCUCCGCACAACUCUCCCUCGACAAUGGUAGCCACGACGACGAUGUUGUGACAACCAGCGGCCCCUCCCGGCAGCUCCUGACCAACCGCUCAACGACGAGGAGUAGUUCUUCCUCUUUCUCUGAGAGUUUAGACCCCGCCCUCGACCCCUCCUCACUACCCCCACCUGACCCCUGGUUGGAGAGUGGGAACGGGACAGGGAACGGAGGCCCCGCCCAGACGUCGACAGGCGGGAUGACGGCAUGCAGACGGGAUGGUCACUGGUUUCUGAAGCUCCUGCAAGCGGAGACUGGACGGAUGGAGGGAUGGUGCAAACAGAUGGAAGAGGAGACCAAAGAGCAUCAGCUCUCCGAGGAGGUGUUAGGUAAGGUGCGCAGUGCUGUAGGCAGUGCUCAGCUCCUCAUGUCUCAGAAGUUUCAGCAGUUUAGAGGGUUGUGUGAACAAAACCUGAAUGUGAAUGCUAACCCCAGGCCCACGGCUCAGGACUUGGCUGGUUUUUGGGAUUUGCUGCAGCUCUCAAUAGAAGACAUUAGCCUCAAGUUUGAUGAGCUCUACCAUCUCAAAGCCAACGACUGGAAAUUAGAUCGAGAUUCACCCGACAAACAGGAGAACCAGAAGCAGGCUCCUCCUGUGCCGAAGAAGCCCGGGAAGAGUAAGCCAGCGCUGGGACGGGAGAAGAGCGGAGAAGCAGUGGAUAAGCAGAGGCAGGAGGCCCGCAAGAGGCUGAUGGCGGCCAAGAGAGCCCAGUCUGUCAAACAGAAUUCAGCUACAGAGAGUGCAGACAGCAUCGAGAUCUACGUCCCAGAGGCCCAGACACGGCUGUGAGAGAGAAAGAGAGAGAGAGAGAGGGUUAAACAACUGGAGCAGGAAGAGAAAAGGGGGAGAGAGAAGAUAGAACAGCGUGAGGAGACAGGCAUCGAACAAACCUGCUCCAGCAUAAAAUGCUGCUUUUUUGGCGGCAUUGUAUAAUCAAGAAAGGAGAGACGAGAGAGAGUGGAAAUUAUGGACAAGACACAUGAAGAGCUCUUUUCAGAGACUGCCAAGGAAAACCUCACACAGACUUUAUUGUUAGUACAUCAAUUAUUAUUAUUAUUAUUAUUAUUAUUAUUAUUAUUAAAAUUGUUAUCGAUAAUGAAAUCACCUAAAUUCUAUAUCAGACUGUUUUAAAUGUUCUAAUAUCUUGGAUAAGAGAUCUUCUAAUAUGUGGAGUAAAGUAGCCACACCUUUUUUUCUUUUUUCUUUUUUUGCCCCCUCCACUGCCCCAUCCAGUAAAAACAGCCUUCUCUGUAGUUUGCGUAGAACACACACACCUACACACACACGCUCAGAGGAUUCCUCGUUGUGUCUGUCCUCUCUGGAAUAUUUGUCUUCCUGUUAAUUCAUGUGCUUUCUUAAUUUCAGUCCAUCACCGUCUCUAUUAUGAGCUGCAGACACAUUGAAGUGAUGACAAGAGGAUAAACAAAUGCCUGUCAGAAUGAAAAAAGAUGACAUAGUACUGUAGUACUGUAGUUCUUAUCCCCAUCCUGCUGUUAUUGUUUUCUUCUGCUUGGCUUUCUCAUCAAAAGACGCUUCCACAUCAUUUAUCAGGUGUGUUCCCAAGUGUUACUGCACAAGGAACCAUAUACAGAAUUCCCCAUUGAAAAGGAUUAAAGAUCGCUAAUCAGUAGUACAUGUAGGACGUCACAUGUUGGGGAGCAAUAGAUGCUUUUUUGCAUUUUGGAGAAAUGAUUGGAUGGAGUUUUCUGUCUGCUCCAAUAUCAAGAGAAGUCUGUUGCAUGUGAUGGACAAAUGAGUAAAAAAAAAAAAACAUUUAUUGCUCAUUUAGAUUUUUUGCAUUGAUUUUUUUGCAUUUUGUGAGAGAGAGUGGGGAAGAAGAGGUCAAUUCCACAGUCUUAAAGGGGAAUUCUGGCAAUUUUUCAAAUGUUCAAAUUGUUUUAAAAUAAAAUUCAGUUGUUCAGAUGUAAGCAAAGUCAUUCUGAAUAGUUGGGUGUAAAACGGUUUGUUGUGAAAAAAACUUACUGACUAGCUGUUUUCUUCACAGUGGUGGUGAUAGGAACCAGGGGUCACAAUGUCUGCAAUACAAAUAUAGCCAUUUUAUUUGCUAUCCAAAACCACCAGUGAACCUACAUAUGUUGUCUGAGUUUUAUAUUUUCAUACAUAAUAUUGAUGAUGGUAAAAUGGUGGUAAAUAAAAAAUAUAUAUAUAUAUUUGGGGACAAAUAUAUUUUGCCUCACAACACCCUGCAUGUACCCCUCCACCAUGAAUGGAUUGAAAAAAUGCGGUAAAUAGGGACUAUUUUAUGUAAUAACAUUCUUUGAGAUAGCUUUCAGAGGCAUUAAAUGCUUCAGACGUCUGGUUCCCAUCACUACCCCGUGAACAAUUCUAAUUCAACAAGUUUCUCUAGAAUGGAGCGUUUCACGUCAGACCACUCUGAAUGACUUUGUUUACAUUUUAACACAUUAAAGAAACAGCUAUUAAAAAAAUGCGGUGGAAUUCCCCUUUAAGCACACAAACAAGGAGUUUGGAAUGAGCUGUUGCACACCUCAGGCCUAAAGUCUGUACCCCUGGUCAUCUCAGCCAUGUUGAAGACUCAGGUCCAGCUCCUUUAUACGUGUAGCUCUCCCUUUACUGUACACUGCUGCUGUGGACUGACCACAGAUCAAAACAACUGUCUGCUUCAUGCCUUGUGGAGAGAGGAUGAGACUUCUCAGUAAAGACUUUUCUCUGUAAAGCUUCAGCUACAGCUCAGUGCAGUGUUUCAGGCCAGUCUAAACUGUUGACGGGUUGAUGGGUUUAUUUCAGUCAUUUAAAUAUUCAUGUCAUAGUUUUAGUAACUCCACAGCAAUAGCAAAACGUAUAGCUCAAAGUAGAUCAUGGAGUGCCACCCUGUGGUGUAUUUUGGCACUACAGGUAAUAGGUAUUAAUUGCUGUAAGCACAAGUCCUUGAGCUGGCAUGGUCAAAGUAAAAGCAUUUUAUAGUGUUUUGUAUAGUCAAACUGGUUUUUCCUUCCUAAUUUCUUUGUUUUACGCAUCAUUACCCUUCCUCAAACUGUUUAAUUAAGACAUUAAAUGAUGUUACUUUUCAGACAAACUGGUUGCCAUUUCAAGUUGUUAUUUAGUUGUUUAGGGAGAAAGAGUGCACAGUUUAAGCUUGUAUUUAAGCCAAAAGUUGUAUGCUUUAAUUAUGAGUUUAGCCACUUACUUACUUACAUUUUAAAUCACUACAUGUAAUCAGUCAUGCAGAGCCAUAAGUGGGCAGUUCUUAGAUUUAAAUUCAUCCGUAUUGCUUUAUCAAUGGUUUAUUUUUUAUCAAUUAGCCUGUUUAGUUAUCAGCUCAAAGCCCAGUCUAAAAAGAACACAUUGUCUUUUCCUCAGGGGUGAUGUGAGUUCAUUUGGUUCGUGGGCAGCAGGAAGGAGAUAACACCUUCAUAACAAAAUGGCUUCUGGCUUGUCAACACACAGCGGGAUGUGCUUUACACAUGUCAUACCAAGCAGUCACUGAAUUGGAUGACUUUCAGGCCUCCGUGAAAUGGAGAUGUGGCUGUAACUUCAUGAUCACAGAUUACAGGCACUGUUUGUGUGCAUUAAUGAUUAUAAAUUGCUUUUAUUAGAGCAGAGCACUGAACAUGUAGGUUUCCCAGACACAUGUGCAUGAGUCAUCCGGAGAGAUGGUUUCUGUACAGGAUGUUCACUCAUUGCAUUCAUAGUCCAGUUAGGAAUUUGACAAGACCAAUAUGGGUUUAACAGCAAAAGUCCUCUCCUCUGAUGACCCUUCCCUCCACUUAAGAAGGCAUGAGGAUUUUUAACUAGGAAAGACCUCUCCUUCACCCCCCACCCGCUUUCUUUAAAAACACUCUAUACGAUGAGAUGGUUGAGUGAUUGGGUUCUAUUGUCUGCAGUGUUAUGUGUUAGCCAGGUCAGUGAUGGCUCCCUUUGCUGUCUGCAAUAAUGGUGUGAAUGGGAUCUCCUCUGUCCUCUGCCUGUGUCCAUUUGGUGCGGGGGUGGGUCAUUGACGCCUGCGGCUUUGUGUGCUGACGGCCUGCUGCUUAUCCCUCCUCGGGGUUUAAAGGCAAUGUCUGAUGAGUCCCUGCAGACUCGUGGCCGUCAGUUCUACUUAGAACCCAAGCGAACUGGCAUUUUGUAAUGGACAGUAGAAUAUGCAUGUCUGCUGAUAGAGUUGUCCAUAGCUUAAAACAACUGUCAAACACAGGCCUUUGCUGUCAUAGUAAAAUCUUAUAUUGUCAUAUGCAAAAGUUUGGGCACCCCUGGUCAAAUGACAUGUUUUGUUGAUGUUCUAAGUGAAAAUAAGUGAACACAUCAUCUACAGUGAACACUCAGUGAGCACAAUUACGGUUUAUUUGCUGCAUUUAACAUAUUGGGGAAAAAUAAAACAAAAAAAUGUGGCCUGUGCAAAGUUAUAGCACAUUGUAUAUUUUGUGUUUUAUUUAACAUUUACAAGAUGUAUAUUGGAAAUAAACAGAAAUUGUACUCUAAAAUUUGCAGUAAAAUGCCACAUUUAAGUUUGUUCCCCAUAGAGGAUGUGCAACUUAUUUUCACAAGUCAGUAAAACAUUGUAAUUUGACAGGUAUUCAAACUUUCGCAUGCAACUGUAUCUCAAAAUAACUUCAUAGAAGAGAGACAAAAAUGUUCUUAAAUUUAAUGUUUGUAAGAUUGAAGUCAUUUUGGAUCAUAUCUGUUGGUACACUUACUAUAACAUGUUCACGCAACGUAAAGAGGUAGCUGGCAUUCCCAAAUGGUGAAAAAAAAACAUUAAAAUAUUGGGGGGAAAGGGACUUUUGAGGUUUUGAUGUGAAUGAAUCAUCUACAGGUGCCAUUGCUUUUCUCAGGAAAACUGUCAGAUUAUCACAUGAAUGCUGUCUAAGCUGGUUAGAUUUUCAUGCUUUUAGAGACUUGGCCAGAUAUUGUUAUAACGGCAGUGGCUGCUCUUUGAUGCCACCUAUAAACGAAGUGCAAACACGAGUGAGUGCCAGUGCACAGGUUCGUCAGCCCUGGUUAAAGCGCAUCAGCUGCGUCUGAACAUGUAACUGGAAUUGGAGUCAUUUUAUAAGAACAGGGCCGGGAGUACAGAUAGGAGAGUGAGGUAUUUGACAUGCGUGAGGAUUUGUCCUUGCUUCAAGAAAGGGUGAGGUAGCGUGGGUCGAAUCUACAAUACAUUAACAUCAGUUACUCUGCAGAUAGUGAGGAAAUUUCAAAAGAGAGAAAGAUAGCGUGGUGGAGGAAAAGAGAUUUUCUUUCAGAAACCAUUCAAACCAGAUUCCCCUUUUGAUUGUGGACUUCUUCCUGCAUCCAGGUUCCCAGUAUUCAGGCCAGAGGUGGUACCACCAUUUCCAUCUUUGCUCUGUUGACAUAGUUGUUACAGAAUUUAUUUGCUUUGUACUUUCUUCAUUUAAUGUAUUGUUUGUUUCACAGUUCUUUUCUCAUUUUAACAUAUCAGGACAUUAAAAAAGUUCUUAUAUCUUGAAAUCAUCUAUUCCCUGCUGUUCACAUAUUGAGCUCUAAAUGUAUUUUACUCUGCCGGUCUGUGUUCUUGAUCAUAUUUGCGGGCUUCCCUUAGGACCACAAUGGGCCAAUGCACUUCAUGUCUUCUGUGACAACAGAGUGUGCUUAAAGCUCUGGAAAACAGCUGGGAAUCUGUUUCUCUCCUGUGCUUCUUUUGUACAUCACAAUUUGCCCCCAGACAUGGAAUUGCAGGACAUUUAACAUUUUGGAAAAAGAUUUCAAUUUGAGACUCACUUCAGGGGGACGUCCAGUUUCUUCUCUGUUCACGCUGCUUGGAUUCUACAAACUUUUUUAUAUACCUCUUAAGUGACUGGCACACAGCACAGAUGCUAAUAUCGGUAGGCUACAACCAAGAGACAGCCCCAACACCCCCCACACACACUCCGGGUUAACAGAAGCACAGACAAGUGACCCUGCAGUGGGACAUGAGUCUGCUCUUCUCCCUGGUCUUCAUCAGCCUAACAUGCAAAAACGAGCUAGUCAUGCUCUCGGUCUCCUGUCUUUCUCUGGCUGUGUUUUGCUUUGAAAUCCAUUUGGUUAUACUACCAAGGGUAGGAGGGGGUCAAGAUGAAAUCGAUACUCUUAAUGCAAGAGUCUGUAGCAAAAAAAUGAGAUAAUUAUUACUAUAAUGAUCGAUAAUCAAUAUUUUAUGAGACAAGCACAUAUUUUACUGACUAGGAUUUGUUCAAUAUCUCUAAUGCUAUAUAAAUUUUAGGCUGUGUAUGUCAGGGUCUUUGUUUUAGUAAGAAAUACAAUAAAAUGGAGUUAAGUUAACCAAAAA